AUGGACAAGCAGACGCGCCAAGAAGAGUUGGACAUGGCACGGGAGAGGCGUUGCAGCAUGGAAGACCAGAAAAUCCAGGAUGCCAUGCUAGCAGAGAUCGCCAAGAUGCAAGGCCCGGAAGGUUUUGAUUAUGUGGUCAUUUGCUGCUCGGACCAGAGCGCAGAAGACUUCUGGCAGGCAAGGCUGACUCAGACCAUUCGGCAAGUCACCGGAUCCAGCAGCACAGUUAUUUGUGUCCACGAGGAAACGCGAUAUGACCAGCUGUGCUCAAUUAAGCAUGCGGGCAAAUCUGUGGCGAUUUACCACACCGCCGGGAAGGGAACACGUUUGGCUCCCCUGCCUGGUGCGGAGAACAACAACAAACCAGGUGUGAAGCUGCCUGGUCUCCUGUCAGUGGCUGGCAGAUUCGAGCCCAUUACGGUUCUGGAAAGCGUGCUGCGUCAAACGAGCAGUUACGGAGCAGUUCGGGGUGGUUUUCUGGGGCGACCAGAUCUUCGUGCCUUCUUGUGGUAUGGCCUGAUUGCAGUCGAUUCCAAAGGUGAUGCGAUGCAAUUGGAGAAGGUCACCUACGACGUUGCUGUGCAGUACCUACCCAAAGACGUCGCUCAAGUGGGCACAUCCUUGGGCUCGUUCUCCGUCUCAGCCGCUUUGAUGGAUGCUCUGUUGGCAGAGUUUGCCUCAGAGCUCAAUGACAAGAAAGCUUGCCUGGACUCCGAUCCACAUUUCUGGAUGCCUCUCACCCUCAAGAAGGCUGAUUACAUUGCUGUGAUGGGCAAGAAGGGCACGACAGCUGCCGAAGCCGGAAAGCACUACGAUCGCAUGGCAGAGUUCAAGAGCAGCUUCAAGAAGACAGGUGGCAUACUGGGCUGUGUGGACGUGGGGCAGCAAGCCUACUGGUGGGACUAUGGUCGAUUAGAACUGUACAUGAGAAACAACUUUCUCAUCACAGAAGCCAACGCCAGCGCGCAUGCUCUGCGAACCUUCCUCCGACUGCAGCAGCCGAGUCUGGAGAGUGAUCUGAGUUUGCGACAGCAAUGGAACACACUCGAUGGUGUCACCGUAGACCCCACCUCUGUCGUGCUGAACUGCCGAAUCGGGGCCGGCAAGAUCGGGCCAGGCUGCGUGUUAGUCAAUGUCGUGGCUCCCACCAUAGACGUUGAGAACUGCAUUCUGGUAAAGGUUUCGUCGUCGCGUCCCAUUUCUGGAAAGGCCGGCUUGCUGUACAACGUGGUCGAAGAUGGCAAGGGCGACACGUUGCCCUGUGACCGAGUCCGAGCCGAUGUCUUCAUGCCAGAUGGCAUUCACCACAAGAUCUACUCGACGCCAAGCACCGAUGGCGGAAAGGUCUGGAAAGAGAAAGUUCAAGGAAACAAUUUUAGUUUCGAGGGCAUUUACAAGGCCAACCAGCCUCUGGACGUGUCGAAGUGCACAGAAGCUGCGAACUCCUCGCACGAUGCUGUGGGAAACAAGGUGAUGCCUGUUUCUGCACUGAGCAACAUCUUCAUGUCCAUGUACAGCUGCUGUGCCAUGCGGUCUCGAUUCGUGCAGCAGCUUUCCACAUGCUUUCGGCAAUCUCGAUCGGAUGAGCAGUGUUGCAAACUAGGUGCGGAAGCCGACCUUGAAAGAAGUAAGCGGCGCGACCUCAAGGCUAUCAACCGUGUCGAUGCUUUAAAGAUGGAAGCACGUGACGAAUUGGAGUCCUUCAUCCAGAAUCCGUAUCCCGUGCCGCUGAAGCAGGUCCUAGCCGGGCGUUUGCGUCCAGUACCAACCGUGUCCGAGCUGCUGGCAGCCUAUAAGGACCAGCGGGAAGAGCUCGAGUUCCUGGAAAAGGAAGACAUCCCAAUGCGGGCGCAGCUGUGCAAUCAGAGCAUCUUUCAGUACGUCCGCGACAUUCAGCUCAAAGCAGAGGCCGAGCGGAUGCGGCCGCCGGAGCCGGUGGCCGGGGAUCUCUUGCGGACGGUUGGCAAGAAGAAGCAAGCGCCCACCUCGCCGGUCAACCGGCGAACGAAGCGUGUGCUGGAGCAGCGCCGGCAGCAGCGCCGCGUGGCGCUGCCUUUUCUGACCAGAUGGCGCUGGCAGCGAGGAGAAGUCGGACUCUUCCAAAGCGAGCUGCCCGAGGUCGAGGCUGGCCAAAUGCCAGCGCCCAGGGAGCGAGAGCGGCCUGCAGCUGCCGAAGUUCGGGAGUCGGCCUCGGCCUCGGGCGCGUCGCCUUCGAGCGGCGGGACUUCGCCCACAAAUCCAGGCCAGCGAUCGUCGUCGUCGAUGCCAGUAUCAACACUGCCAGGCGUUUCCUUCCGCCUGGAGGACGUUGGCUUCGAGCUGCCCGAUGGGAAGAAGCUCCUUAAGGAGAUAGAUUUCACCAUUGAUGCGGGGCGGCGGGUGGCUGUGAUGGGACCCUCUGGCAGUGGUAAGACGACCUUGCUCGGAGUUCUCAGUGGCCGUGCUUCUUACGGCCGUGUCUCGGGCAAGUUGACGGUGGGUGGCAGGCCUGCUGACGACCUCAGGUUUCUGCAGAACGUCACAGGAUUUGUGCCGCAGGAUGAUGUCCUUCACGGAGAGCUCACGGUGGCGGAGAACCUGCGAUUCCAGGCCUCCUUGAGGCUUCCAGCUGGACGUCCACGCGAGGAGGUGGAUGCAUGUGUGACAGCUGUUGCAAAGGAUCUGAAUCUCAGCAGCCUGUUAAAUGCACGGGUGGGGACUCCUGAACGACGUGGAGUGUCCGGCGGGCAGAGGAAGCGAGUCUCCAUUGGCAUGGAGCUGGUGGCCCAGCCCUUGCUCCUCUUUGCAGACGAGCCGACCAGUGGGCUUGACAGCACCACAAGUCAUGAGGUCGUUCGAUGCCUGAACGGUGCAGCUGCAAGGCUGAAUUCUACAGUCGUCGCCGUCAUUCAUCAGCCGCGCUACGAGACACUGCGGCUUUUUGACGAUCUGGUGCUGCUGGCCUACGGCGGUUGCUUGGUCUAUGCUGGUCCCACGGAGGACGCUGUCGAGCACUUCAAGACCCGCUUGCAUGUGACCUUCUCAAACAACACCAAUCCUGCGGACAUUCUGUUGGACGCCAUUCAGCCACCCAUCAAUGAUCCUGAGGUUUGCGCAAGUGCAUGGAAAUCCUGCGCGGCUUUGCAGGACAAGGUGGAGCAGGUGGUAUUGCCGGCCAGCAUCUUCCGUCGCACUCGCCAGCCUUUCUUCCGGGCCGUCUUGAUCUACAUGGACCGCUCCAUGCUGCAAACAAUCAGGGCGUACGUCUCUCUGGCCAUUAACUACAGCCUGUGCUGUGUGGCUGUGCUGCUGCUUUGCAUGAUCCUCACCUACAACCGCCUGGACCAGUUUCUGAUGCAGUCAGCCCUGGCUGCGCUCUUCCUCAUGCUGCUUCAGGGUGUUGCGGCGCAACAAGUCUUCGGCGCUGAUUUACUCACCACCUGGCGAGAAGCAAGAGUCGGGAUGCCGAUGGUUGCUUACUUCGUGGCCAAGGAUCUAACAGCUUGCAUCGAGGUCACGUUGUCGUCAGCAGUCUUUGCAGCAGCCUAUGGCUAUGCGAGUGGCAGCCAGGUAUCCUUGCGCCAGCUCUUUGCGGGGUCUUGGGCCUUUGUCUUCGCGAUCUUUGGCCUCAACUACAUCUUCAGCAUCAUCCUGUCACCAGGCGCAGCGCAGAUGAGCGCAGUUGUUACGUCGUUCCUCUCCUUCUGCACAGCCGGCGUCUACCAGCCACAGCUGAAUGAGAUGGCCAGUAUGUUUGAAGGACGAGGCUGGAUGGUGCCAGCAUUGAGUCCGGUUCGGUGGCUGUGGGGAUACUUGCUCACAGCUGAGGUGCCAAACUUGACACCGCUGACACUCGAAGGAUCGGCAGGCACCUUGCGUGGCAAGGGCUACGAUGUGGAAUACCUGCACGACUGCAAAAAUUCCAUGGUGGGCAUUCAGGACCAGGCAGUCAGAACGCUGCAAGAGGCUUGGCUCGACAACCGAGGUUGGGUGUGUUCGACAGCACCACUGCUACUGCUCGGAAUCCUCUUCCGCUUCCUCGCAGGAUGUUGUUUGCUGCUCUAUGUGAGUGCGCAAACAAGUGGCUGGGCACGCUUCUUUGGCCAGUCAGAGUUGGGUGCGUGGAAAUUGGCGGGCCACUUCUUCAAGCUUUUAGUAGGAUCCUUCUUGAUCAUCUUCCUCUUUGCCGAGGUCUGGAUCUUCGGAAGCCUUCAUUUGGACUUCAAG